AUGGCUUUUCGUCGACCUCGUGUUAAUGUUAAACCAAAUGUGCCUGCAGUACGACCAGCAAGCAGUAUUGCGCGACCACAAGACACAUCCGCUGCUGCACCAGCAUCAGCACCAGCCCCAGCCCCACCGCAAGAAGAUCAGAUUGUCGAGCAGGUUGAAACGGUUUCGACUCCACCGACAAUCAAAGAGUCUCUUCCCGACGUCGUUGAAGAAACAAAUGAAACGCCAGCACUACCUACACCUCUACCGCCUCCAUCUGAUUCAGUUCCAACCGAACCACCCGCUGUACCUAUUUCUGUUCCAACUACUCCAUCCUCUCCACCUCCCCCUGCUCCUCCUACUUCUACACCGGCUUCAAGACUGAUAUUUCGAAAGAGAAUAGCGCCAAAUAUUGGCGUAAAGUCUGUCAUACAUAAUCGCCGUGCAUCUGCUAGUUGUUCAGGUACAGAAAGUGAAAGUGAAUCAGUUCGUCAAAAACAUUCAACAGCAUCUUCAAUCACCUACACACGAAUCGUUCCACCAACCUCGAAAACAAUUGUUGAAAACGAACCUCAACUAAAUUCUACGUCAGAUACUCCAGCCAACGAAGAUGUUAGCAAUUCGACCAAACCUGAAGCAAUGAUGACAGACUCUCCCGAAAUUCAGCCACCAGUUAUCGAUAACAGUCAAUAUCAAGUACCGUCUCUGCCGACUAGAAUGAAUACUAGAAUUAGCCGUGAAUAUAUAAGUCAGCACAUUACAUAUCGAGCACAACGACUCGCGGGAAAAGUCGAACCUGAAAUGACUAUACGAAAACGUCGUGCAGCAACGCUCGAAAAAUUGGACGAAACCGGUACUAACAAAGGCACUCCAGUAGAUACAUCAAAAUUAAAAAUUGCUGACUUUGUUCACUACAAUCCUGUUGACAAUCCCAUGGAAGUCAAACAGAAAUCAACAGUCGACACUUCCAUCGAUCCUGUUCGAAAACAUAGUUUUUCAAGCACAGAUGGACAGAAUUCGAGUUUAGCUCCACAGUUGAAAAUCGAUGCUAAUGGAGUUUUAGUUGUUGAUGAAGAAAGCUUAUACAUUCGAAAUAUGGAGGACACUCCUCGAAACACAGUGAUUGUCGAAGGACAAUUCAAUGAUGAUAAUUUAACGCAUCAAAGUUAUCGUAAGAUCGGACGACGAAAACGUUGGAGUACUCGGGAUACAUUGCGUUUUUAUCAAGCACUACGAAUGUGUGGAACUGAUUUUACGUUAAUCGCACGUGUUUUUCCCAAUCGCGAUCGAGAUGAUAUCAAACGAAAAUUCAAAACCGAAGAUAAAGCAAAUCGAACAUUGAUUGAUUCAGCUUUGAAUCAACGCGUUCCAUUCGAUCUAACAUGCUUUUUUUCUCCAUCGGAAGAAUCGUCCGAUGACGAAAAUGGUGAUAUGAACGAUAAUCGAACGAAAAAGGGACGAAAAGGACGAUUAAUCAAACGAAAAUCUAAACAAACAUCAUCAUCAUCUGAUCCAUUAGAAAUCAAUCGACGUCGAGAGAGACGAUUACAAUCAAAAAAGAACAGUACUCGUGUAAAGAAAAGUGCCGAGUUCGUCGAUGACGAAGAUGAGGAUGAAAACGAGGAUGAAGGUUCCAUGGACGUCGCUGAUACAGUUGAAGUCUCCACAACACAACCGAUUUCCAAAAUGGAACACACAAUUCCUCCAACGGAAACCGAAGAAGAUGCAACUGAUAAUUCGUCGACUAAUAUGGCUGAAUUAGAAGAUCUUCUCGGUCGAAUCGACGGUGGUCAUUUAUUAUUUGUGCAUAAUACCGAUGAGACAACUGGUCUUGAUCGAAUCGAUGUACAUGUCGUCAUGCCAAAUACAAUUGAGAAUAAUCCUUCCGAGCAGUCGAUCUAG